AUGAGCUUAGAGCACUGUUACCAUGUAAAAGAUGUAUUCAAGGCGAGAACAGUUACAAAUAGUUAUGAGAUCCUUGAUCCACUUCUUGCCAUAAAGGCAAAUAUGCAAGCUGCUGUCCGCACCUUCACCUCCAGCUCAGCUCGCCGAGCUGCCACAGAAGUUCACCCUGGCUAUGGCAAGAUCCGCACUACCAUGAACAAAUUCCAGGUUGACAAUGGAAUGCCCAUCCACCUGAAGGGAGGUGUUUUCGACAACCUUCUGUUUGUAAGCACCUGUGUACUCAAUGCCAUUGGUCUUAGCAUGACUCUGGGAUUCGUGUAUGAUAUGAGUUUCCCCAAGAAGGCUGUUUAAAUACUUGAUAGAAGAGAAUAAAUAUUUAUAUCAUCCUUCAACAAGAAUAAUCUCGUGUAUAUAUGUCUGCCAUUGGCGUUAUCAUAAAACUGUACAUGUCAGAUCAAUAAAUUUUAGAAAGGGAA